AGUUCGGUUAUUCGUUUGGCCCACAACUGCUCUUUAAGAGUUCCAAAUUUUUUAAAUUAUUUUCAAAAUUUUUAGCUGACAUGGUGCGAAGUUUUGGUCCCGGCCCCGGUGCUUACAUGCUACCCAGCACAAUCGGCUUUAGCAGACACGACUCCAGCAAACAGCGGAGUCCUCAGUACUCUUUCGGUGUUCGGACAGCGACGAUGGUUGGGUCUUCGAGCACAAAGCCUAGGCCUGGUCCCGGUCCAGCUGCUUAUCAGGUGGACAAGCUAACACGGUAUGGCGGAGGUAGUAUUGUGUGGGGGAGGAAGGAUGCCUAGUAUGAUGCAUAUGAAAUUGCAUAUGAAAAUGUAGAAUGUUUAUUAUCUAAUCAGCAAAUAAAUCCCAAAACGAGUUGAGAACUAUA